AUGCAAAUGAAGGUUAAUCAUAUGUAGGCUGGUUGCGUGGCGUGUUCUUUUUUCGGCGGUAAAUCGCACAAGAUGGCGGAGCAAGUGAACGGCGAGCAAAUUCAGCAGAAUUUGGACGACAUGAGCCAAGAUCUUAUGGCCACAACAACAGAGGCGGUUGCCAUCGAGCAGCAAGAGACCGAUAUGACCAACUUGACGGGAGACGGUAGCGCGGCGCCGGUAGCCGGCGAAGAUGUGCCUCCCGGAAGCAAAAUCAACUCGACCAAAGAUGAUGACGACGACCGGAAAAUGUUCGUGGGCGGUCUGAGCUGGGAGACAACAGAGAAGGACCUGAAGGACUACUUUGCACAGUACGGAGAUAUCGAAGACUGCACGAUCAAGAUCGACCCUGUCACGGGGAGGUCACGCGGCUUCGGAUUCAUCCUGUUUUCCAAGGCGGAGAGUGUGGAAAAGGUCCUGGCAAAGCCCGUCCAUACACUGGAUGGAAGGAACAUCGAUCCCAAGAUCGCAAAGGCACGUGGGGGCAAGGAACCCAUCAAGAAGAUCUUUGUUGGGGGCCUGAACCCAGACUACCCAGACGAGGACCUGAAAGCCUAUUUCUCUAAGUUUGGAGAGAUCAAGGAGCUAGUCCGCCCCAAGGACAAGGGCACCCAGAAGUACCGCGGGUUCUGCUUCAUCACAUUCGACUCUGAGAAGAUCGUGGACACCAUCACGCAGACACAGUGGCACACCCUGGGCUCACACCAGGUCGGCACUGAGAUGUCCGAAGUUACGUGUGAAGUGAAGAAAGCCACCCCCAUGCAGGAUAACACCAAGAACCAGUGGGGAGGAGGUGGUGGUUACGGUUAUAGAGGGGGAAACAACUGGGGCCAACAGCAGGGUGGUUACGGAUAUGGGUACCCAUACCAGGCCUACGGAGGCCAGGGCUAUGGCGGCUACGGAGGUGGCAACUAUGGCCAGGGGUAUGGAUACGCAGGGGGUUACGGAAGCUACUAUGACUACUACCCACCCAACUACGGAUACGGGGGCCAACAGUAUGGCAAAGCACCCGCCAGGAAGGGCCACGUGGCUUCCUACCACCCGUACGCCCCUCGCUAGUCCCCUGUCUGCAUCGUAGGCUCCUGCGGAGGAGUGAGAGAAGAGAGGGAGUGAAAGAGAAGGGGAGGGGAGAGGGAGAGAGAGAGAGGAGAAAAGACAUGCCUCAUUUCCUUUACAACUUGCAACAGACGUUCCUUCUGAUACAAGUCUGCUGGGAGCAAAUUUGUGUCCACCUCGAUGGUGCAGAACUCAUCCUCGACGUACCAAGACUCCACAUGGACUCAACGUCACGAUCGCCCGUUCCUUUUAUAUUACCCAAUCAUUUCCUUUCUCUUUGGUAAUUUCUUGUCGUAAGUUGUUGAGUAUUUUAUGCCCUGAGAGGUACGCCUUACUGAAUAAAUAAAGUGUAAAUGUGUUGAAGUUUUAUCUUGUUCUAGCAGUAAAUGUCGGUUGUCCUGUCUGCACUUGUAAAUUCGGCUGCUAACUUCAAUAUUGCUUCGUGUCUGCCACGUGCAAUAUAUUUUUCCAGAAGAAAGUUACCAUGUAGUUUAAAAAGCAUUUCUUUCCAUUAAUUAACAAGGACUAUUUUCCAAAGAACUUCCACUAAUUAUUAAAAGUAAAAGAAAUCCCUAGGUAAAUUUUUUUCGUCAUACGUAGUGCUAACACGGAAGACAAUUUUCUACAUCAUGGACAACAUCGGAGAAAUAAAACAUUUUUGAAAUAUG